GCAUGCUGAAUUCGUACCCAGAAGCCCCGGUUUGCAUUGGAUCUGUCUUUGUUGGGACAACCCACAUGUUGAACGAGGAUCACUCCAGACAAAUCGUGGUGAAUAAGCUGUUCGUCAAUCCCCUGGGAUACGGCGGACUGGAUGCCAGUGGGCGCUUCAGCUUUCUGUCAAUUCAGAUGAAUUCAGAUUACCGAUCCUGCUGUCUUUUUUUGACUGUUGCAAUUUGGAACGAGCUGACGGUGACGCCACUUGCAUCAGCAUUGCAUCGUGCUGAUGCAGUGGUGGGGUAUCUGGUGAAUAGCCUUGGUCUUCGGCACCCAUCGGAGCCAACCUUGGCAGUCAUUACUGCCUUGGUGGCAUGCCGCUCGGAUGAGAACUUGAUGCAGUUGCAGUCCUUGCUUGCCACCGUUAAGUCAGUAAUGCGGACCAUGGUUUCAAGGGCUCGCAUCAGCGGCGUGCCACUGCCAGCAGGCCAGUACGUUGAAACAUUGCCAAAUCAAGUGGCGCAGUUACCGGUCGCUGUGCAAGAGGCCGUUGCGCCGUCAGGGUUUGCUGCGAUUCCUGCCUGCGUUGACUUGGACAAGAUCUUGCAGAAGGCACGCGCAAUUCCUUUGCGUUCCACACAUAGGGACGUUCAAUUGCAGCGUCAGCUUCAGCAGGGUUCUGCGGCCAUGUUUGGAAUUGGUGGAUUCCAUGGUUUGCAGAUGUUCCAGACAGCACAGAUGGCCCAAGCAGCCAUGGUAAUGGCGCAGGGAUUGGCAACGCAGAACAAUGUGCACCCACAGGACCCUGAGUUGAAGAACUUGCAGAUUUUUGGAAACCGUGCAGCUGCAGCCCCGACCGGCGCUGCAUCUGUGCGGAUGCUGAUGGAUCGUGCGACAGCACCCGCUGUGGCAAGUGUGGCAUCUUCGAGCAUUUCAGCUGUGGGUGCAGCAGCGCCCGCGGCCCCAGCUGAAGCGAUGGAGCGUGUGGAGGAGCCGGCACGUGCGGUUUCUGUUGCAGUUCCAGCCUCGGUGGAGCCGGGACCAUGGGAGCACGCCAAGGAGGUUUCGCUUGUUCCCGCAGCUGCAGACGGAGGAGAUUUGCAAGGGGCUGCUGAACCAACUGGACAAGUGGAUGUGCCGCAGCGUGUGUCGGAAGCCAUGGAUAGGCUUGCGCAAUCGUACUAUGGAAAGGGAGUGCAGGAGGCUGCUGCCGCCGAGAAAGAGGAAGGUGUGAUCAAGCGUCCAGCUGCUGCGAAGGGUCGCCCGCGCAAGCGCCCCGCUGCUGCAACCUCCUCUCUGGGCAGUGUUUCUGAGGAAACUAAGGCUGAGGAAGUGGCGGUUGGUGCCGAGAAAGGUGCCAUGAAGCGCCCGGCAGCGAACAAUCGAGUCCCUGCGAAGAUGUCCCAGCGGGGAGCAGAUGGGUCUAAUAAGAAGCCUGCGGCUGCUUCCAAGAAGGCUGCUGCUUCGCCUGCUGCUUCGCGUGGUGCUGCUAAGGGGCUGGUGACUCGCAAGCAGCAACUCAAGUGGCGACCAACACUCCUGGCUGCUGCCCUAGCUGCUGGACUCAGCGAGGAUGGGACAGUACGUUUGGCUACCAAUGACAAGUCGGUGACUUUGCAAAGUCCAACGUUGGCUGCUCUGUACGCGCCCGAGGAAGGCAGCAACACAGAGGCGCAGAGCACCCAGCCAAAGACGGAGGGGAUGGUUGGAAAUGCGGCGCCCAGCCUCUUGGCCACGGAGCCGUGGCGUGGCCGUGCAUUGGCAGCUGCAGAAGCGCUUGUCACACAGUUUGAUGAGCGCUCAGACAUUAACAUGGAAGACUGUCCGAUCUAUGAUGAGUUGAAGAACAUACAAAUGAAUGUUGCCACCGAAGAGGGCAUCGAUGCAGAGCGUGUGUCGGACAUCUUACACGCUGGGCAAGUGUUUCAGCGUGCUUUGUCUGAGGACAAGCAAGAGCUUUGUCUACGGACAAGCUGCCAGAUGGUGAUGUCGAGUUCUUCGCGGAGUAGGUCCACGAAGAGGAGUCCAGAAAGGCGCAAGUCACCGCCAGCGGCGCCGGAGAGCGCGGUGGCUGCGCCGGAACCGGAAAGGAAAGAGACGGACGCUGCAGCGGAGAAGAAGGAGAGCAAGCAGCGUCCUAUGGAGAAGCGAGCCAAGGGGAGUGGGGCUGUCGCCCACAGAAGAAAGAAAGGAGAUCCUGGGACGUGGACGUGCUCCGAGUGCCAGAGGGUGAUCCAAGAUGAUCCCAUUGCAAAACAGCAGCACUGGGAUAGUGUCUUUUGCCGGGCCACGCGUCUCUACAAGCAGCAUGGUGGAGAUUGGUGGCACUGGCGAGCCAAAGUGGAGAAGGAAGAUCGUGGGCAGGGUGGCUGGACCCUGCACGAAAAUCCAAAGCAUCGCGGCCGCGAGCGGCCUCCGGAACCCAAAGUGCCGCCCCGCGGCCACAAUAGCAAGGCCUGGGAAAGAGAAGCUUACUAUGACUGGGACUAUGUUUGCUGGCGGACGGAUCGGGAGAGGUCCAGUGUCCGGGGGUCGCAUCGAUCGCGAUCGAGGGAUCGUCGUCGAGGCAGGUCGUGCACUGUGGAUGAACGGCACAGGAGGCACAGAGAGCACGGCGAGCGCGCGCGCUCGUCAGGCCGCAACCGUGCCCGGAGCCGAGAGCCGCGCGAUGAGGCCCGCAAGCCGAAGUCGCGCAAGGCAGAGUACAAGGAAGUGGUCGAAGAGGUGCCGUUGGGUGCUCGAGGGAAGAUUGGGACUGCUCGUUCCGCAGCAGCGCCUGCUGCUGCCAAGGACGUAGCCCAGACGGCUAAAGAGCAGAAAGAGAAGGAAGCUGAGCGGGAGGAAGACGCAGGAUCGUCCGAGUACUCCUACACGUAUGAAUCUUCGUCUCGGAGCGAAGGCGCUGGAAGGGAGACUGGCCAGAAAGAAGCCACAGUGACAGCACCUGCCAAGGUCAGUGCCAAGGCUGGUGUUGGAAAGACAGGGGAAGUGGCGAAAGCAUCUGCACCGGCUGCCUCACUGGUGCCUGUUCCUGGUAGCUCUGCAAGUGCCCCUGCCACGACCCUGUCUCCGCGCCAGUCGGCGCCAAACCACCACCCUGGCACUGGCGCAGCCUCUGCGCGGCUGAGCGAUUUGUACAGUACCUUGCUGCGCACGGCCAUGGAGGUUGUGCAUGACAAGGAAUCCCAGAAAGGCAAAUAG